CCCCUGUAGAUUUCAUACAAGAGUAUGAAACUAUAGCCACAAUAGCUGAUCAUAUAUCUGCUAACCUUAGCAUCAUCAUGCAUGAAUACAAUGCUGGCAGUUUAGUUUCAAGUGACAUAAUUGACAAUCAAUUGUCAGGUUGGCCUUACCCUGCUCUAACAGGAUUUCCAGAUAGUCUCGAAGAAAAAGAAAAUGCUGAUGACAUUAUACUGGAAGGAUACAGAGUGGUACAAGAUGUCGCUCCAUUUAUUGAACUAGUCCGUCACGAACAUGCCUUAGCAACACACCAAACCGAAGACUGGGCCCAAAAAAUUGAAAUGUCUCUGAAACGUGGGAUUGUGAGUCUUGCUACGGAACUUUGUAUUAGUGUCAUAUCCCACUCCCUGACCCAUCCUGAGGAUAUCGGAAUGACAGCUGCUAUGGAGCAUGCACAGAGUAACGAUGGUAUACGAUAUCAGAGAGAUUAUUUGAUAUUCCGUGAUGCUAAAGUUGUUAUGGACCAUAUAAAAGAUGAGUUUGAAAAACUCAUUUAGAUUAUUUGGUAUCUUGAUGUACCACAUGUCUUCUAGCAUGCUGUAGUCAGGAACACCUCUUACCCCUAAUCUACUAAUGCCAAGAAAAAUUGUGGCCUAAAUUUUAUUGAAAAGAUGCUUUUUGGAAAAAAUGGCAACUUUCAUACAAAUUUUGAAUAUUUUCUGUGAAAACUGGCAAUUUUGAGUUCACCCCCACCCUUAAUAAAAGCUCGCUACAGACUGUUAAGAAUGAAAGUCUAAUGAGACUCUUCACAGUUAGUGGAGAAAUAUGUAAUUGAAAGUGUGUAUCACACUAUCUUCCCGAAAGAAAGUGUCUUUCCAGGAUUUUUUCUCAACUGGGUGUAAUAAAUUAUAAUUUAAUAUAAUAUUACAAGAAUUAUUACACAACAUAUUACACAGUUUUUCGAAAUUAUUUCUUGUUGUAGCAUCCAGUCGAUUUUAAAAAUGUUGGAAAGAUUACAAACUUAUCAAUAUUAUAUUGGAAUAAAAUGCUUCUGUCCAUAUUGGAUACACAUAUAAAGCUGGAUUUUAAAAAUGCAUCCGUCUUUCCAUUGGUUUAACAGAGAAACUCCUGUUUUUUCUCAAUAUUUAACUUAGAUAUUCUAUUUAACCUAGAAAUUCGUGCCGAUAGACUCAUUCUGAUGGCUACUAAAAGAAGAAUCAGAUCUUGCGAGUAACAAAUAUUGUUUCAAUUUCAGAUUGUUUUUUACAAUAAUGUAUCAUUCUAUAAAUAUGGUUACCAUAUUCAUUAUU